GUGCUGAUCAGGGCGUGUGCGUGAGGUGCAACUAGAGGACGACUAGCUAUAUCGGUUCCACUGUGUAACAUUCAGCGCCUACAUCUCGCUGGAAGUUCUCAAGGAAAGAAGAAGUUUCAUCUCGUCGUAACAUUAGUUAACACUGCGUCUGUUCGACGACCUUGCUAAUCUUUAAAUUAUCAACAAUGAAGUUACUGUGGGCUGUCGGUGCCCUUGUGUUGAGCUGUUGGCGAGCCGAUGCGUCCACAGUUCCAACAGUCACUGUUGAUCCUCCUGUGGUCAUCAACCAGACCACCGCCACCCUGAGCUGUAACUUGACGGAGACCAACCUCCCCAUCAAGGGUUCCCACUGGCUGUACAAUGGCAAAGUUAUUGAAAAGUCAAAGUCUACUGAUGCCGUUCGAUUCACAGUCCUCCAGCUGGAGAAGAUCACCCACAGUUCUGGUGGAAUGUAUGAAUGUGUGUUCUUGAGUGAUUCAGAGUUGAAGGGAACAAUUGAGGUCAAAACACUUCCCCAUGUUGCUGCCUACAAACACUCUGAGCAUGGCAAUGAGAAUGACAAAGGUGUGUUGGUGUGUGCGAGCCAUGGCUAUCCAGAGACCACUGACUGGACCUGGUUCAAAGAGGAAGAUGGCAUCCUAAAGCCUAUCACCAAUGGCACUAGCGACAAAUAUGAGAUCAAGACUAUCCCUGACAAGAGCACCCUGACAGUUAAUGACCUGAACAUCGAAAGCGACAUCGGAGACUAUGUAUGCUCUGGAACAAAUGAACUUGGCACAACCAGCGACAAGAUCCAUCUGCGUGUCCGCAGUCGCUUGGCUGCUCUAUGGCCCUUCCUUGGCAUCGUGGCUGAGGUCAUCAUCCUGGUGACCAUCAUCUUCAUCUACGAGAAGAGGAGAAAGCCUGAUGAGAUCAAUGACGAUGACGACUCAGGAUCUGCUCCUCUGAAGAGCAAUUCUAAUGCAAAUCACAAAGACAAGAAUGUGAGGCAAAGGAAUUCUAACUAGGAGCUGACAGUGAUAGACAUCCAGAUGGCAGUACAAGAUUCGGCUGUCUUGAUGCACAUUAUACUGUGCACCCUGCAAUUUUAAGUACCUUUUUUGUGUUUGGGUGUUAAUGUUUUCAGAAGCUGACUGAUUUUACUCUUGUUUUGUUUUCUUCGCUCACAUUGUGCAGCCAGAGAUCAUAGUGUGAAAUAAUUUCUGCUUGAGGUCGUGGGACAAAUGUUGCAUGAGUUCAAAAGCUGUUCUAGAAAAGUGUGUUUGUAGUAAAAUCAUUAGAAAGUUCAUGUGAGGAAUGCUUAGUUUGUGGUUUUCUGUUCAUGCUAAAGCUUCCUACACUGACCUCACAUUUGUCAAUAGUUUUGCUUUUUUUUUUUUCCUCCAGUCGGGAAUGGUUAGUUAGCACAGGCUGUGUUUUGAGGAUCUUAAACAUGUUUGAUCCUGAUACAUCACUACCAUUCUUCAAUAGUAGCUACUGGAGUGUGUGUGAAUUCACAUCAUUUCAAUUGUCCCUACAUCACUACAAACCUCCCUUAGCAGAGUUCUAUACUUUGCCUUAACAAACACCAUUUCUCUUUUUUUCUCUUUGCGUUUUAUCUGUUACCAGCUUUAAAUGUGACCCUUAGAACUAAAUGCAGAAAAGGAUUUAAGAUCCAGUGUCUGCUAGGUUCGUUGCCGUAAGAAAUUACAGUUAUUUUAGUUGAAAAGCUUUUGUCUGUUUAAAUCAUGCUUUUAGUUCCUCCACGUGCUUUAAAUUAGAAGUUUUGCUCACCCAUGGUUUUGUUGCUGAUGUCACAUCCACAUGAAGUUAUAUUGUUGAGGACCAAGUGCAAUAGAUGUAACAUCUGUUGCUUCUCUUUAGCGCAACUUCAGUACUACACACUGAUGUUAAAACCUAAUACAACACAUAAACGUUUAAUAAAACGCCUUUUCUUUCUCACUCUACAUGAUCGGAGCUGAAACGUUUGUGUGCGAUUGUUGGACUGGCGUGUCUCUUCCCUUCACUCUGUUAAUGAUUCGGAAGCCAUAUGUACCAUAUAACCUGAGUAGUAUUGUGAUUGGAUGUUACCACCUCAGUUACCCAAAUGAAUUGAACACCCAGAGUUGUGUAAAUUGUUGUACCUUCCAAGUACAUGAAACACCAUCUGUUGUACAACUUGCACACACUGAAUAAAGGUCUUGGGUUUUA